AAAAGUACAUUUCAUAGAUAAUGUCUCUUUAACCCAUUCGUGACUGAAAGUGUGUCAGGCCAGCCUUCCGCGCGCUGCAGUGACGUUUGCAUCCGCGAGAGUGACCGGAGUCUGAGCGCGCGGCGGAGCGGCGGGACACGGCCUCAACAGAGUGACCCACCAUGCGUGAAUAUAAGCUUGUGGUCCUGGGCUCUGGAGGCGUGGGGAAAUCUGCACUGACAGUUCAGUUUGUACAGGGAAUAUUUGUUGAAAAAUAUGAUCCCACAAUAGAAGACUCAUACAGAAAGCAAGUUGAGGUUGAUGGGCAGCAAUGUAUGCUGGAGAUCCUGGAUACUGCAGGCACAGAGCAGUUCACAGCCAUGAGGGACCUAUACAUGAAGAAUGGGCAGGGUUUCGCUCUGGUUUACUCCAUCACAGCACAGUCCACCUUUAAUGACCUGCAGGAUCUACGGGAGCAAAUUCUGAGAGUGAAGGACACAGAGGAUGUGCCAAUGAUCUUGGUUGGAAAUAAGUGUGAUUUAGAAGAUGAGAGGGUGGUUGGGAAGGAGCAGGGUCAGAAUCUUGCUCGUCAGUGGAGUAAUUGUGCCUUUCUAGAGUCUUCUGCCAAAUCAAAGAUCAACGUCAAUGAGAUCUUUUAUGACCUGGUAAGACAGAUAAACAGGAAGACGCCGGUGGAGAAAAAGAGAGCGAAAAAGAAGUCAAACUGCAUCCUGCUGUAACACAGCUGCAUCACUGCAGCAGCUCUGAGCCAGAUUGCCGAAAUGAAGAACUGUUGCCCAGCUGGCCAACAUUCCAGUUCCUCUCUACAGUUAUUGGCCGAACAAUUAAUAAGGCAGAACACCAGACUCCUCAACUAAAACUCAGACUUGACAGAAAAGAGAGAUACAGCCUCUGCCUUUUCUUCCAGAACGGUCUUGAAAAUUUUCUUCCCCCCUUUCUCCUUGAAUACUAUAUUAUUUUUUUUUCUUAAGGAGAUUCCACACUGUGGAUCUGUGUCUGGAGCAGAAGCUCCAUAGUAAAGGGGGGUUAGACAGUCUGGGAGAGAGUUCAGGACUUUCUUAAUGACUAUGGAGACAAUGGGAACAUUUCAGAAACAUGCUCAUGUUUGUAAAAUGCUUAGAAAUGUUUCUUUUUUUCCCAUAAUGUUUGGAUUAUCACUAAUCAUUUGUACAGAGAAGAAGCUGCGUCCUUCGUUCAUCAAAACAUUUUCUGAGUGAUUUGAACACUCAUUGCUUUCAUAUUCCCCAUAAUAUGCUUAGAUUCUUAUUUCCUUUUAUCUUAACAAACUGUGAACAAUUAAUGUCCUCUUUUCUUUUGGUGGUAAGGUUAAAAUAAGAAAUUUGGAUCUGUCUAUCUUGAAGAUAAAGAUAUAUUGUACUGAAGCCAAUGCAUUUGUUUUUUCACAAUCAAAAUUGCGUUAAUUAUUCCAGCUUUUAAACAUAAUUAAAUUUUAGAAUAUUUUCUUCCUUUUUUUGUCUUGGUUGUAUUUUGCGGUAGGCUGUAGCUCAGCCUGGGAUAAAUAUCAGCCGUUUUGUGCCUGAGCAGGAGAAGGAUGAAAUCAGAUCUGUAUUGCAGAGAUGACUUCUCCUCCGAUAACCGCUAAACCAAUAAUCAAUAGUCAGUCCUUGACACUUCAUUUGCCAAGUUAAAUCUUGAUGUGUCGGAAAUUUCAUUUUAGUUUUCAUUGUUCUGCUCCAUGGUUUUGUUGAGCAUUUCAAGCAAAGUGUCUGGCUGGCUUUUGAUUUGUUUUUAAAGUAAUGUGUGCUUUUAUGAUUUUUUUUUUUUUUUGGACAUAGAUUUAAAUAAAUGUAUUUCAUAUUGA